UACUCCUGAGAGCGGAGGCCGGUUCACGGGCCGGGGGAGGGAACGCAGUCCAGGUCCCGAGAACCAGGGAGCGAUCUGAGAAUCGGACUUGAGUGUGGAAGGGUUAACCUGUCUGGCGGUCCCUGUGACCCCAAAGAAGCAAGCGAGGAGACAGGAACCUCUUCCCAACAUCCAGUGCCAGGCCCUUUCGGUGACGCGGCUGUCGCGCGACGACGCGCAGAUGAGCUGCGGCUUCCACGUCUUAGGUUCCGCAAAGGCCUGUGGGAGCGACCCGGGAGCUGGAGGGCCAAGAUGGCGGAGGCGGCAGAGUCUCCUGGAGACCCGCGUACAACAUCGCCCAGGCCCCUGUUUGCAGGCCUUUCAGAAAUAUCUAUCUCACAAGACAUCCCUGUGGAAGGAGAAAUCACCAUUCCUAUGAGAUCUCGCAUUCGGGAAUUUGACAGCUCCACAUUAAAUGAAUCGGUUCAGAAUACCAUUAUGCGUGAUCUAAAAGCUGUUGGGAAAAAAUUCAUGCAUGUUUUGUACCCAAGGAAAAGUAAUACUCUCUUGAGAGAUUGGGAUUUAUGGGGUCCUUUGGUCCUUUGUGUGACACUCGCACUAAUGCUUCAAAGAGGCUCUGCAGAUAAUGAAAAUGAUGGAGGGCCCCAGUUUGCAGAAGUGUUUGUCAUUAUCUGGUUUGGUGCAGUUACCAUCACCCUCAACUCAAAACUUCUUGGAGGAAACAUAUCUUUUUUUCAGAGCCUCUGUGUGCUGGGGUAUUGUAUACUUCCCUUGACAGUGGCAUUGCUGGUUUGCCGGCUGGUACUUUUGGCCAAGCCAGGACCAAUAAACUUCAUAGUCCGGCUUUUUGUGGUGAUCGUGAUGUUUGCCUGGUCUAUAGUAGCCUCUACAGCCUUUCUUGCUGACAGCCAGCCUCCAAACCGCAAAGCGCUUGCCAUUUAUCCUGUUUUCUUAUUCUAUUUUGUCAUCAGUUGGAUGAUUCUCACCUUUACUCCUUAGUAAAUCAGGAAAUGGAAAUUAAAAACCAGUGAAUUGAAAGCUCAUCUGAACAAUGUAAUUCCCCAUGGAACUUUGCCUCUGGCUUUAUUUUGUUUAAUUUUGGAGGUAUUUUGUAACUAGCUAUGUGAAGAGAUUACAAGGGAGCCAUAAGCACUGUCACCACUUAUGUAAGGAACUGAUGUUUGAAAGGCUGUUCUUUUUAUCUACUCUUCUCUAUUUCUUUAAAAUACAUGUGCAUAGUACACAUAGUAUAAUGUCUUCUUAAGGCAUGAUAGCGGACACUGUGGUCCAUUUGGGUGACUACCAAUGACUUGGAAAGCAUAUGGAUACCUCCUGCAAGUUGAAUAGAUUUGGUAACUAUAUUUUCAAUUUUGAGAAUACUAGUUUAGGUGUAGCUCUUAAACACAUUGUCUUAAGACUAUUAGAAUAUGCCUCUCUUAUUAGAAUAAAUAAGUCUAUAUCCAUUUUCUUUAUUUCUCUCUUAAGUUUAAAAAGACAAUGACAGAUGAUGACAGAUGGGGUUCAUAUAUGUGGGAGAAGAAGACAUGCAUUAACCUGUAUUCAGAUUUUGAUCAUAGAAAAAUUGCUUUAAAUAAAAGCAAAAGACGCUUAAAGAAUUAGCUUAUUUUAAUCUUUCUGUAUCAUCACCUUACUGCCCUGCUUAACAGCACCUCAGUGACAAUAUAGUUUUAAUCUUUUUAAAAAAAUAUGUUUAUAUUAAUUUCAGAGAGUAAGAGAGAGGGAGAGAGAAACAUCAAUGAUGAGAGAGAAUCAUUGAUUGGCUGCCUCCUGCACGCCCCCUACUGGAGAUGGAGCCCACAACCCAGGCAUGUGCCCUGACCGGGAAUCAAACCUUGACCUCCUGGUUCAUAGGUUGAUGCUUAACCACUGAGCAAUACCACCUUGGCUCUAGUUUUAAUCUUACACCCUAGCUCUGAAUAUGCAAGCUAAGAUGUUAGCAACAUGUAGUGUUCCUUUGACUGAAGCUCUCGGUGGUCCAAUGCUUGAAUUUAUCCAAGUAGAACACCUCCAAAAUAUAGAUUGGUGGUUCCCUAAGGCAUAUUUGGGCACCUUCUCCUAAAGGAAGUUUGAAUAUAGCAUAGCUAUAAGGAAUUCUUCAUUAUUCUGUGUAGUAUGGCCUACAUUAAAGCAUGAUGUAGGAUGAAUUGGCUUUAUAGCUGCCACCUUUUCAUUAGAUGUGGUUUUGGGGUUGGGGAAUAGCAAUUUAUUUUCUUGGUUCUGGACUAUUUGUAAAGCAAAUUAGCUCUCCUUAGACAUGUGCACUUACAUGUAUUCUCAGCUAUUUAUGCACACAAAUGUGAAGGCUUUUCAGGGAGUAGAGUGUCUGGGGCAGGCUGAUUCUAAGAUAAAUGGGGCUCCUUUAAUGUAAUAUGAGCUGCUGCCUUCUACAAAUUGAACACUGAAGAACCCUGAAUAGACAAAGACUAGGUGUCAGGCAGAAAACAUUUAUUGUAAAUAUACAAUUACUUAGAAAGGCAGGAAUUUCUUAUUCCACAUUAUUUCUUUAGCAUACAACUUAUUUAUUCAUUUUGUAUUUAAAGACUACCUAAACAGAGUAGUUUCCAGAGUAGUUUUAAAAUCAUUUAACAUAUGAUUUUAAAAACAUAUAUUCUCCAUCCUCAGAUUAACCAGGGGAACAAUACUUCGACAGUUAGGUUCUUAGAAUGAUAUUCAACUACAAAAGCAUUACAAAGUUGGCCCCCUCUGUCCCAGCCUUGGCCAAAGUUUUUGUAUUUAUUUCAAAUUCCCUUUUAAAUUUUAAAAUAAAUCCUAUUCAAGGACUAAGCCAAUGCUUUAGUUAGGUAAAAUCAAUAUUUUGAAAUGACCUAAUUUUGAAAUUAGUCCUAAAUUACCAUCCAUAUCUAUUGUCUGAAAUUUUCUAACUGCCACUAAAAAGAUCUCUGUUCCAAAGUUGUUUUAUAAUCUGUCUCAGUGAUUAUAAUGUAAAAUUAAAGAAAUAACCAUGCUUCUCAAAAGGAAAUUAAGUAUUUACCAAAUUUUACUCAGGCUAAAUAUUUGGUGAUAAAUUCUUAAGGCCACAACUCUGUGAGGAAUUUGUGUGUGUACAUAUGGAAAAGGGUUAUACAUAGUAGGUGUGAAGGCAGUUAGUUCUGUGUAUUAAUCUGUUGCUCUUGGGUGACUUAGCAAAUGGGUUUACUUGAUGUAAAUGAAGGUAAAAUGGAAAUUUAAUUAUCUUUCUGAAGACAAGUAGUCAGUUUGAGGGUAUAAAUAUUUUCUUAUACACAAAAAGUGCAUUGCUUUCUGGGACAAAAGUCCUGAGUAUCUGGAAGUUGUAACCCUCAACAGCUUUCCCUGAUUUGCUGCAAAGGCACAUGGCUAGUUAUAGAAAGGAGGACUAGAAGGGAAGGGGACUCCAACAAAGGCAACUCUGUUCUAGGAAUUGGGAAGUUUCAUACUUCAGAGGAAAUUACAGUGUGUGAUUUAUCACUUGCAUCAUGGCUUAUCACUUGCUCCUACUUCUGAGAUAGAGACUCAUUGCUAUAUUCUUUAGCAAUAGGAAUGGUUAAGACUGGAUUUAAUCACUGUCCAGAUUAUAAAAACUCAAUUGAUGCAAACAUAUUUGAAUAUGUAGUAUAGUCUUAAAAGUCAGUCAGUCAUUGUCAAGUCUUUUACCUCUUACAAGGCUUAUUACAUGGGUUGUGUUGUGUCUUUUCAUUGUGGCAGGGGUUUUCUAUUGGACAAGGUGGAGCCACAGGACAUGGGACUGGAAGCAUUUUUCUGUUGACUACAAUUGUCUUUUUAUAAAGUACCCCCUAAAUGUGAUUAGAAGGCUAGCAAGCCUGUAUAUGAAGACUUAAUUAUGUCCUUUAUAUAUUCUAUUUAUUGGGCUUUCUGUUUACUCCUGGAGAUGAAUGAAAAUCUCCGGUCAUUUCAAAUUUUUGGAUAACAUCUAGUCAUUGGAAUUUAAAGCCUAUCAUAAUGUGAUCAGAUGUCCGUUGCAUGUAGCUGUUUGAUUACAGACAAAUAGUGAAAUUGUGAUUCUCAUACUGUUAAUUUCUGAGGCAAUUUAGAUAGAAAUAAAUGUGUGAAUGUUAAUCCAUGUAUGUAAAUUAGAAAUACUUUUUUUAGAUUCUGUGGGCUUAUAUUGAAAAUAAAGAAUUUUUAGGGAUUUACUUAGGCCAUAGGAUGGCCAAAUAAUAAUGACAAUAAUAUUACUACUAAUAAUAGCUAAUAUUUAUUGGGCACUUACUGUGUGCCAGGCACUAUUCUAUUUUUUAAAAAAAUUUCUAGCUUUAUUGAAAUCCCUUGACCCUAAAAUUCAUCCUUUUAAAGUGAUGUACAAGUCAGUGAUUUUUUUCAGUAUAUUUAUAUAAUUGCAACUAUCACCACUCUCAUUUUAGAACUUUUUCAUCACUCCACAAAAGAAAAGGCAUAUCCAGUUACUACCUGUUUCCCUUCUCCCAGGUUUCUGGCAACCACCAGUCUGCUUUCUGUCUCUGUUGAUUUGGCUAGGCACUAUACUUAAGUGCUUUUUAUGCAUCUCUAAUCCUCAACAUAAAGAACUACAAUUCUCCUUUUACAAGUAGAAAAUUGAGGCACAGAAAGGUUAACUAUAUUGAUUUAAAACAGAAAAAAACAGAUUAGAUGAGAACAUAGUUGAGCACAAUUUUGAAUUGCAUUGUUAUGUACAUGAAAUGAAUACACUCCUUCCCCAGGGUAAGUUCUCUGUUAUUAGCCAUUACAUCCUACAACUGACUGAAGGUAGACAACUCUCAAUCUUUUUUUCCUGAAUAUGAUAGAAUACUAUAUUAGCAGCAUCUGAGAGAAACACAAGGGAAGUUGUAUAUGGGAAGUGUUAGGUUUGCCACCUUUUCCCCUCCUUGAACCCCUUUCGUCUCCCCUCCACUUCCACCAUGACCACACACAUAUACCCCUCCCCUUUUUCUUUUAAAGUCUUAAGGAUAAAACAACUCUGCCUUUUUUAAAUUCUCCCAGAGGGAUGGUUAAUACAUCAAAAUUUCACUUGUCUGUUCAGGUGUUUUAUAGUCACAGGAUACAUCUGGUUGCUUAUAGUACCCGUUAUAUUAAGACCUCAGAGAGCAGUAGUGUGAGAAUAGAAUGCCUUUUUUAUUUGAGUUAAACUAGGAGAGGGAAAGGUUUUGCCUUAAUGAAGUCAGUGUUCCUGCGGCCUGGUAGGGAGUGGCCACACACUGCUCUUGUUUGCUCUGUUCUCUCUGAGUCUUUGUACUCCGUGCCAUCCUUGCUGGUAAUGUUUUGGAACCAUUCAAUGCUCCACUUUAAUCCUGAUCUUGCCUAUAAAUAAUGAAUCUGUAAAAUAAGGACACAUAUGUAAUACCUUAAUCAAUAAAGAAAAAAAGAAUAAAUCUGUAAAAUUAUUUGUGAAUGUGAAAUAUGCAAAUAAAAAACACUGGAAAAGGAGA